AUGUCUCACGACGAAGGCGGACAGCCAGGUGAGGAGGGUCCUAGGGAGCAGGAGGAGCUCGAUGAUCGCGAAGACUUGCAGGAGCAGAACUCUCUGACACAUCAGGAUGGGGAAUCGGAUGACUCGUUCCAGGAAUACGUAGACGAAUUUGCUGGGAAACUUUCGAAUCUACUGAAUGAUCCGAAUCAUUGUUUGUAUGACGAUUGGACAUCCCCGGCAUGUGUGAGACAUGCGCUGAUCAUGCUUGGGUUCUCCUUGGACGACGAUCAUAUCCGAAAUGUACUGCUGUCUUGUUGCGAGUCAAGCAUGGCCGAUACUAUGAACAUGUUCGAUGAAGUUUUCAGACCCUUCAUGCAGCGAGUGGAGGAUGCAGAGAACUCUUUUGUCUGGAGGGACUUGCGAGUGCAUGCAGUUUACAGCGAUUCUGAGGUUGACUCUGACAGUCAACAGGAGAGCCAGGUGUACCCACUUUCUUUGGUGGAACCCAGCCGGGGUUUGAUUUGGAGCAAGUUUGAGACUUACUUCCGAAGAGAUGUUGUUCUUGAGCACCUGCAAGAUAUUGUCGAGCUGGUGGCGAUUGAGAGCAUGACCGUCUCAAGAAGUUUUGGAGAUGGCGAAGCUUCAAUGGAAGAGGAGAGGUUUGCAAGUGAAAUCGAACUUGAAGAGAAAGUGGAGUCUCUGGCGGAAGUCGAGAGGAAGUGGGAAUUGCUUGCUAAGGGAGGGGAGGACAGUCUCAUGGAGAUCGGGAGGCUUCUGGUUUCCUGCGGGUUUCAUUCAUACAUGCCGAGCUAUCACGAGAUGAGGCGAUCGGGGCUUCGGCUUGCUGCUUCAGCAGUCCGAGACAUUCAUGGCGGACUGUGCCAGACAGCGUCGAAACUUUUCUUCCUGAGGGACAAGCUCCCGUUGUCAAGGAACUUUUCGUUCUACCCUCAGCCCAGGAGCGUUGUAGAUGCGAAGACAAAGGAGUGCUAUUGGAGCGACGGUGAUGAAAUUGAGGGGUUGCACCAGAUUUUCUCGUCCUCCUCCCGGAACAAACUCGGCCGAUGGGUUUUCAAUGGCAACGAAGUCCGAUGCGUCUUUGACCCGGCGCAGUUUAAAGACCUCAAGGACGUUCUAGUCUCGUACGAGAUCAUGGCGGAGGAGCUGCAUGCGGUGAAGGAAGGCUUCCUGCCGAUGUACAGCGAGUGGAGGAGAUACCAGUUUGAGAGCGUGGGAGGAGCCAUCCUGACUUGCCAUGGCGGCAUGCAUGAAGUUUGCAGGAGCCUGCGGCUGAAAGGGCCGUGGGAGAGAACGCAGGAGGUCCGACGAAGAGCAAGGAGACGCGAGAGAGUGUCAACAAGGAACUGGUUUGACAUCCUACAUGCUGUCUAUGAGCUAGUGGACGAGUCGGAAGAUCCGACUUUGAUGCCGUCAUUGAAGACCUUGAAAGAGGAGGGAUACAGGGAAAUCUCCGCAGCUCUUUCCAACCGCAGCAUGCUCGCGGCGUUUCCAGGUCGUCGGCAGCUGCACUCCCAUGCUCCGAGCGGGAGAGAGCUUGCAGCUAAACACCUGCGACUUCGAAUCAAGGAGGAGGAAUCAAGUCGAAUGCAAGACGACUUCUUCUCCGUUGACUUCAACGUCAUUCGGCAGACGGCCUUGUUUGCAGAUACAGACUUUCUAAGGCAUACCAUCGCCAUGAUCGCGCAAGAUUCGAACCAGAGCGCGGUAGAGGACGACUCAGUGAAUACGACGCUGUUCAUUCCCAGUUACCGCGAACUUUACGAGAGGAAUUUCUUCCAUCUUGCCGAGCACAUUCGUCGAAGGAAGGGAGGGAUGUUGAGUCUUAUCGACCUCUGGGAUCGCCGAUCCAACGCAGCACGAGGCUCUGUGACCAGUCGGCAUCGGCAAGAGCGAAACCUUGUACAGCCGUCGGUAACAAAGCAACCUACCAGCCAGGACAACGAACUCGCCUCAGCAGUGCAGGCUGGGCUGCUCUCAUUGGAUGACGUGUCAAGACUAGAGCAAGAGCGGCAGGGAGGCAGAGGAGCGUCAGAGGAGGAGCAGACGCUCAGGUUACCUUAUGUCUUCAAGGUGCUUGACGCAGGGCCGAGGAGGAGAAGGAGAGCAGAUGAGGAGAUGGGUACAUGGCGGCUGUCAUGGUACCUUGAGGAGACCUGGGUGGUGAUAAGAGCGAUAGAGGACCUCUCCUUCGAGCUGCGAACUUUGGAUCGCCUGCCAACUUAUGCAGAGAUGCGGGAUCACGGGUGGGGAGAUCUUGCUGACCACAUUCUCCGCACGCGCCACCGAUCGGACUGUCCGAGGUCAGGGAGUUUUGAUGAUGUUGACUACGCACGAGAGUCUUGCUACUGCGUGCAGCUCAUGUUGACUGACAAGCUGAGGCUUCUGGCUGUGAACGAGCAGAUGUCGCUGGCUAAGGAGGGAGUGGUGACCGAGCAGGAGGUUUUGGAGAGUUCAAACAUGCAGAAGGUCCAACAGAAACUUGAGCAGAUGGCCAAAGUUCAGCUGGAGCUGAAGUCACUCAAUCGCGAUUACAUGCCUGUAGACUACGUCACAGCAAACAGAAGGCAUCACUUCGUGUCUGAGACGCAGGAACAUCUCCAAGAGCUCAUCAAAAAACUAGAAGCGGACAAGAACGGGCUAGUCAAUAUCUGUGACUUCGUCCACAUCACGAAUUGGGACGAGACUUGGAUCAAGACUCUCAGCAAGUACAAGCUGUCGAUGAAGCGAACUCUGAGACUGCUGGGGUAUGAACCUCACGGGGACUACUCCUUCUCCUACGUGAAGCAGCAGGUCAGCAAACUUGACCUAGAGGCUGCCCUGCUGCGAGGUCAGAACCUUGAUCCCUCCUGGUGGGCGACGCAACUCGAGAGCUCGAAGCAGACAGUGCUGAAGGAAGACGCCAAGGCCCUCGCGAUCUCAGCGCUCGCUCCUCGCCUGCGCGGGAUGUCGCACGUGGCCAACCUGGCGACCCCCUUCUCAUGGCGAGAGUUUCUAUUGGAGAUCUUCUUCAAAGUUGACAGCAGGGGGGUGGGGAGGAUCUCGAGCAGGGACGUUCACUACGGCCUGCGGCAAGUCGGGGUUUCAGUCUCGCAGUUCGAGGCGGAGAAGAUGGUCGAGGCUUGUGGACCUGUUCAUGGCCUUGUCGACUCCGCUUCCUUCCUGCGGGUCGUCCUGUCUGACCUCAAGCCUCGCCUCCAGCAGCUGUCCAGCUCUCAACAUCCCCGCGAGAGCAAUAGAGUCCAGCUGGCCUCCGGGCUGGACCUUUGGUCGUUUGCCAUCGAGAAACUUUGGACUCUGGAGCAGAACGGGAGGGGAAUGAACUCAGGUGUCCUCCCAGACAUUAUAAGGAUGCAGAAGCAGGCCAUUCCUCUGGACAUUCCGGUCAAGAUCCCCCUCGUACAUCACCUUGUCACCAGCUCCCAACCCUCUCACUCCGUCACCGACAAGAUUGAAGUCGUCUUCUGUCUCGACGGCACAGAGGUCCUCUCGUCCUCCUCGUGGAACUCAACUCGCAAGCUCAUCUUGGAUUGUCUGCUGCGCAUGGGGAUCCAGAGCACAGGGAACGUUCGAUGCGGAUUUGUCCAGUCGCACGACUUCCUGUCCAUCACGCAUGCCAUCAACAUCGAGCUCGACGAGGUUAGAAACGCAAUGAAAGAAUGCGACGUGAAGGACCUCGUGCGAACCUGCUACACGGGCGACAACUUAGACUUUGAGGUCUUUCAGAACUACCAGCGAUCCUUGCGUUACAGGGGACAGCUCAAGUUCUCCUUCCAGAGACACACAGGAGAGUUUGCCAGCCCCCUCGCGUCUUCCUUCCGAGAGGGCCUUCAGCUGAUGUUCGAGCACGACAGGACUAUGGUCCACUUUGACAACCCCGCGUCAACGCACAAGAUCGUGCUAGUGAGCUGCUGCGAGUCCAUCUUCUCCGGAGGAGUCGGAACUUCGCUGCUGACGGAGAUGACGCGCUGCAAGGGGCUGGGGAUCGAGCUGUACAUAGCAACGUUGCCCUGUGAUGCGCGGAGGGAGGAAGAGAUCAGACAGAUCGUGUCCUCGCCUUCCUCCUCUCACUUCUUCACUCUCUCCCACUCUGACGUGGCGUCUGAUGACGUGGGUCUAAAUGAGUGGGACGCGCUAGUCCGCAAUGUGGAGGAGCUUGUGGAUGGGACUGACAGGAUGAGGCACUGCCCGAGCCUGAUCGGGCUGAAGAGGAUGGGGAUGAGGGAGGUCGCCAACAAGAUUCAGAGGCUUUCGAGCAUGUUGGACGUGCGUUACAGGGAGGACAGAUCUCUCGUGAUCCCUCAGUUCGAGAGCGGGUUGGAGCUGAUCAGCCAAGAGUUGGGGCUACUCGCACCCACCACCAAGUUCGCGUAUGGAGGGGAUGGGAGGGAAGGAGGAGGAGACGCGGGUAGCGACUUUCGACGGGAAGGAGAGGAGAGGUCGCACGUCGCAGGCCAUGGCAAAGGCUACGAGCAGGAGAAGGAGAUGUCAAGUGUGGCAACGAGGAGGAGGAGAGACUUGCAAGAGAUGGAGAUGGCCGUGGAAUGUGGCCUGCUACCGGCGGAGGUUCUGAAGAAGGAGAAGACUCUAGAGUUCACGGCCGAAGAUCUGGAAGUCGACGAAAUCCUGAGGGCCAAGGGCAGCAAGGAGGAGCCAAGGCAAGAGGAGGACUCCAGCAAACCUGCGAGGAGAAAAAAAGACGUCAAGAGGGCAGAGGACGAAGGGAAGGGAGGGGGGGCGGAGGUGGCGAAGACAAGAAUCGCCAUCGCACCCCUUGACAUCAAGUCGACUCCCAUCUUCUCGAAGCCCAAUUCAGCCUUGUCUCGCCAUCGAGCGAUACCCCGGAGCAACACGGGCUGCCUGCCAGCCUCACAGGGCUGUCGAUCAUACAACGGGGCGUUGUUCCUGGCGAGCAACGCUGCUGAGCUAGUGUUCCAACAGGGGCUGCGAUCUGAAUCUUAUGUGGAGCGACAGAGUUUGUCGUUAGAAGCCAUCCAUAAGAUCAUGCGGCUGAUGGCAGGGAGGCCAGACAAGACACACAUGAUGCGAUUGGGAGAGGAUGAGGGCUGGCAGCUUCUGUCAAGACAGAGUGAUCCCUUCGACGUCCGGUCUUGGUCCUGCCAUGAUGUCGCGCGUCUCAUUGACAAGAUGAGGGGACGUUUGAUGGGUCCUGUCGAUGUCUAUAGGAGACUUGCGAUCGUGAACAAAGUGGACGGGAAGAAGAUGCUGCAACUCUCCGAGGUCUGA